ACAAAACCGGGCUGCAGCUAUUUUUGCAUUUGAUUAUCGCCUCUUAAUGGAAAUUCCGUUCCGCUCUUAAGGAAAACAAUUCUCAAUACAAGUCAGCCCACAUCACCACUACGGUUGGCUUACAAUUACAUUGAUUUAGACACCAUUUCUCUGCAAUUUCCUAAGUGUGUUGUCAAAAACUGCAGUCUCGUUUUAAAGCACUGAGAUAUUUAUGAAUUAAUCUGUGUAGCGGACGUAUUUUAAUUCAAAGCAGUGUUUUAUUUAGGAUGUAGGAUGUAUUUUAAUUCAAAGUCACUUAACAGUGAAGCGGCGAAGGAUUUAGUGUCAAAAUGAAGCAAGGAUACUUGAUGACGAUGGUAGUUUUGGCUGUCUCUCUCGCCGAAGUAAAAUCAGAAUGUUCUAUCAAAACGGAGGACGGUGACUGCUGCGUAUUUCCAUUUACUUACAAAGGUGAAACCUAUAACUUUUGCACGUUCAAAGACAGUAUCAAACCAUGGUGUUCGCUGACUUCGAAUUACGACGCAGAUAAAAAAUCUGGUACAUGCAAAUACGAAACUUGCCAAAUUAAAACUACAAAUGACGAAUGCUGCGUGUUCCCAUUCACGUACGGGGGAUAUACUUACCACGCGUGUACAAUGGUUUGGGACUCGAACGCAUGGUGUGGCACGAAAUCGUCUGUCCAAUACUUUAAUAGGGAACCAAGAGGAAACUGCCGAUCGUAUGCGGAGCCGUGUUUUAAAAACCCAUGCGAAAACAACGGCGUGUGUCGAAGCGAUAAAUCGCAUUUUACCUGUGAUUGCCGAACGGGGUAUAGAGGCAAAACCUGUUCAGAAAAAGUUCUUCCAUGUGAAAGUUCGCCAUGUAAAAACGGAGGAAAGUGUGAAAAUGACGGCGAGGCAUACAAGUGCAACUGCCUAGAAGGAUACAAGGGAACCGAUUGUGGCACGAAAAUAGUGGACCCUUGCAAAAAUUCUCCAUGUCAGAAUGAUGGGAAGUGUUUUAGCGACUACGAAAAAGAAGAGUUCUAUUGCCAGUGUCCAAAGGGAUUUGAAGGAAGCGCUUGCGCAGAGGAAGUUGAUCCAUGCGAUCCUUCGCCUUGUGAAAAUUCUGGACAAUGUUCUGCCGUUGGACAGAAUUUUCAGUGUAAAUGUUCAAGUAACUAUGAAGGAGAUACUUGUCAAUGCAAAGCCGAUCCAUGUAAGAGUAGUCCAUGUGAAAAUGGAGGAGAAUGUUUAAGUAACUUCGAAAACUUCACUUUCUCGUGCAAGUGCUCUGAAGGAUACGAAGGAGUGAAAUGUGAAGAAAGAGAUAACCCAUGCGAGUCUACUCCUUGCAAAAAUGGUGGAAAAUGUGAAAACAAGGGAAACGAUUUUCAGUGUGAAUGCACUGAGAAUUACGAAGGGGAUACUUGUGAAUCAAUAGUUGAUCCAUGCAAAAGUGAGUCUUGUAAGAACGGAGGACAAUGCUUGAGCAACUUGGAAGAUUUUUCUUUCACAUGCAAAUGUUCUGAAGGGUAUAAAGGAGAACAUUGUGAGGAGACAGCAAAUCCGUGCGAGUCUUCGCCUUGUAAAAACGGUGGGAGAUGUAAAAAUAAGGGAAAUGAUUUUCAGUGUAAUUGCACAGAGCAUUAUGAAGGCGAUACUUGCGAGUCAAUAGUUGAUCCAUGCAAGGACAGUCAAUGUGAAAAUGGAGGACAGUGUCUUAGUAACCUGCACGACUUCACGUACUUCUGCAAAUGCCCCACGGAAUAUAAAGGAGACACAUGUGAAAAGAAAGUCGAUCCAUGCGAGUCUUCUCCUUGUAAAAAUGGUGGAAAUUGUGUGAAAAAUGGAGUCAAUUUCAAGUGUGAAUGUACAGCACACUUCGAAGGCGAUACUUGUCAAUCAAUAGUUGAUCCCUGCAGCAGUACUCCGUGUAAGAACGAAGGGAAAUGUUUGAGCGACAUGAAAUACUCCACGUUCCUUUGCAAAUGUUCGAAAGGAUUUGAAGGGGAAACAUGUGAAGUGAAAGUCAACCCAUGCGACUCUUCUCCCUGUGCAAACGGCGGGAAGUGCGUCGAUUCAGAUGAUGGUUUCAAAUGUGAAUGUACAGAACACUACGAAGGCCAGAUGUGUCAGUUAAAAGUCGAUCCUUGCAAAAGUAGUCCAUGUAAAAACGGUGGAAGAUGUCAAAGUGACUUGGAAAAGUUCACGUUUUCAUGCAAAUGUUCUUACGGAUUCUUUGGAAAAACUUGUGAAAGGCGAGCUACUGGCUCAUGCACAAAUGCAAACUGGGUGAGAAGUUUUGACAGAGCUGGAUGGUCAAAAUGUGAUCGCAAAUUUCCUUAUAUUGAUGGCUUUUACCGAAGCAAAUCAGCAUUUUCGUUCAAUGAUUUCAUAUCACAUCUGGAAAGAGCCAAGUGCUGUGAAGGUUACAAGUAUAUGAAUAGUGAAUGUUUGGUGGUGGAUUGGACCAUAAGUUUUGAUAGAAAAAACACAUGGAACUUGUGUAAAACCGGGUACUAUUUGUCAGGCCUGUCUCGUUCACGAGGACAAAAUUUGCACAAUAUUGAGAAAGCGUGGUGUUGCAAGCCCAGAGGGGCGCCGAAUUCCUACAAGUCCUGCUACAAUGAGAACGUUUGGACUAAAUUCGACUACAAUAGGCAGGGGAUGGUGUCGUGCUCAAAACCUGGUCAUUAUAUAACUGGUCUAUACAGGUCCACUUGCGACCUCCUGUAUUGUAUCGAGGAAUUCAAAUGCUGCGAACUGUAGAUUUUUUAUUUCAAUAAGUUCCACCACUUGGGAUAUGCGUGCGCAUGCGUGGAGUUUGAUGAAGAACUGCUUUUAUCAACAUUUUCGUGUUAUUUUAGUAAAACCUUUAACUGAGGUUCAGUGACGUAGCUAUAGUAGCGUUUUGUGUCCUUCCCGAUAGGUGAUUAUUUUUCAGAUUCAUAGGAAAUGGAUUUGUGAUAUGUCUAAUCGCAACUUGUUGUUUUAUAAAAAAAUUAAAUAAACACGAAGAGUUAAUCUCGCGCGUGAAGUCAAAUAACACUCGAAUGUAGCCUAAUUACAAUGUAGCCUGGCAGCGUCUUCAAACAACUUCGCGUCAAAUGUGGUAUAACAACUGCCUGAAGAUGACAAAAAACCUUUUAAUUUUUCGACCUAGCUAGGGCUUUCCUCAGGGGAGAGUAGCUACAUAUUUUGCCUAUAUGGGUGCCGAACCCGUGAUAAAGAUAAUAGGAAAGAGGAAACAAAAAAUGAAAAAAAAAAUUGGAAUAUCAUUAUGUUGCACACGCAAUCGAGGAAACCUG